AGCUCUUUCCUUUUGUUAGCAAAGACACAAACAUUAAAUAUGAAGCUAUCCACAACACUGUGUUGCUCGUUGGAAAGAACCUUGGAAGAGAUCACGUGAAGUUAGCAACUGCGAUUGACUUAUCAUUAGCGGAUUGAGCAAACAGAUCCACCUUUUUCUUUCACCAUAUACAAUUACCUUUAGAGCUACUGAAGCAAGCGGCCCGGCCCGGGUGUUUUCAAGAACCUUUCAAACUUUCACUUCUUAGGGUCUAACCUUGAAAGCUCGAUAGAUUGAAUCAAGCGCGACCUUUCAAUCUUCCAUUAAACCUUUCAAUUCCAUCCUUAAAUCUGCCACCGCGACUUGCGUAGCGAUACACGAAUAGCUUACCUAUCAUCAUUAUCACCAAGAUCCUACGAGGUAGUCGACAAGAUGAACCGAAGAGAAAACAACAGCAUUUUAGACCGCCAUAACCGCGCCAUCGCGCACAUCCUGACGCGAUUCCGCAAUAUGGUCAUGGCCGCCACCGCUCCCCUACCCCAGACGGGCAACGUAAUCGAGCACGCCGCGCUAAACCGCAUGACGAUGGAGACAGAGUCCGCCGCUCUAAUCUCCGAGAUUCAAGGCCUCCUCGCAAUAAACCGCGAAAUCAAAGCUCUAUGGAUCCGCGGGCCUCUCCGCCAACCCGGCGAAGACGACGGCCGAGAAGCCGAAAUCGACAGGCAGGCCGAAGUCGUCGCGGGCUUGUACCAGCGCGUGCAGGAGAUGCGCGAUAACGCCAUCCGCCAGCAAAACCAGGAGCGCGCUCGCGCUGAGGCGGCUGCGGCUGGUACUUCUGCCCCUGCGGCGGCUAGCGGAAGUUCUUAGGAGGAAUCGAGUACCGCUUCUGCUACUGUGGAUGGGAACGGAAACGGAGACGCCAAGGGAAAGGCGAAGAAAAAGAAGAGUAAGGGAAAGAAGAAAGGAAAGGGUAAAGGAAAGGAGAAUGAGGCUGGGACUGAGGAGAACCAGGAUCAGAAACCGGAGCAGGGCAGAGUUGAGUAGGAGCAACUCGAACUGCCUAAGAAUGGAGAGAGCAGGGGUAGAGGUGGAUGUGGACAAGGACGCGGUAGUAUGCGUUCUCGGGAGUUCCGUCGUGAGCGUAGACGCGACGCUAGUAUCACCGGUCGCGCUGCCGACCCUUUCGUGGUAGUAGGUGGCACCUCAAAGAAAAUUUAGGAGUUCUACUAGGCGCACGGAGUUGGUUAUAUCCCACAAGGUUGGCUAUCGGCACGGUCGCGGUAACCACUAGCCCACCUCUUGAUGUCCUCAAUUGCAUUAAAGUCGGAGUUUACUAGGGUGGCAAAAUCGGUUUUUAUAGGGGCAUUUCUUUUCACAGUUAGGAAGACACAAUUAAUUAUUUUAAAGAUG